AUGUGGACAAAGGUUCCAGAGUCUUGGAGCACUGAAGCAGCUGCAUCUCUACCUGUGGGAGUGAGCACCGCCGGAAUCGCCAUGAAGCUGCUUGGCUUGCCUCUGCCCGGUCAAGGAGCUGCGAAGCCUGCCUAUGUAUUGGUCUAUGGGGCCAGUACAGCAACUGCGACAAUUGCCAUGCAAAUGCUGAAACUUUCCGGUCUCGAUCCGAUUGCUAUUUGUUCCCCGAAGAAUUUCGACCUAGCGAAAAGAAACCAGGCAGUAGAAGUUUUCGAUCGCAAUGAUAAAGAGCUGGCGAAAAAGAUUAAAACAUACACGAAAGGGAACUUGAAAUAUGCCUUGGACUGCAUCACGACCGUCGAGUCUACCGCCUUUUGCUACGCUGCUAUCGGACGAGGCGGCGGCAAGUACGUGUCUCUUGACCCUUGGCAACAGCAUGCUGCGACUCGAAAAGUUGUCACCGCGGAUUUUACAGUCGGCCCUCGAAUCUUUGGGGAAGGAUGCACCUGGCCUGAGCCCUACAAGAGCGAUCCGUCGGAAGAACUGCGCGUCUUUGGGAUCUCUGUUUGGGAAACUGUAGAGAAGUUGAUUAACGAAGGAAGCUUAUAA